AUGAAUGAAUCAGAGCAAAAUUUCAGCUUCGAAGAUAAAAGGCUAAGCCUCAUUGAUGUCUCCUUCGAAGACGAUUGCCUUUAUAACUCCCCUUCUCACGACUUCCACGUCCGAUUUUCAGAUAAUAAGACAGAGGCCAAAAGUAAUUUGGGUUUUGCGGAUCAAUCCAUGGUGGAAUCCUUUGAAGGGGGAGAACUAGGACCUGAACCCGUUAAAUCAAUGGAACCAGAAAGGGUGAAAAAGAAUACUAAGUAUAACUUGCGCAAAAGUUUAGCUUGGGACAGUGCUUUCUUCACAAGUGCAGGUGUUCUAGAACCGGAGGAGUUGUCUAGCAUGAUUGGAGGUAAGAACGGUGGUGCGAAACAUAUGUUACCUGGAAUUGAGGAGGAUAUCAAUAAAUCUACCGAUUCAAUAUCUACAUUAGCCAGUGAGAAUUUGACACUGGAGAAUCUUGAGACUGACUUGUUUGGAGAUAUAAGAGCUUCAAUUCAGCGAUCCACUAAAGGGUCCGAUGUGGUAAAUUCAAGUAGUAAAGUGGAUUCUCCAAAGACUGAAAGCAAAACUGUCCGAUCUUUGGAGAAUGUGGAUGUUGCUUCUCGAAAUAAGGCCAAAGCUGCUCCCAACAAGCCAAAUGCAGUCAUCCAAGGAACAGCAAAGACUGCAAAGCAGUCUAUUCCUAUAAAUAGAGAGUCAAAAUCUCUUUGUAGGCCACCGAAGAUAGUUGGCAGAGUUGGUCCCAUCUUAGCACCAGCAACUAAGAGAUCUUCCUUAGGUGCCAACCGUGUCAAAGUGGAAAAGGACAAGGAUAAUCCAGAAAACGCAAAAAAGUUGACUGGUAGAGAGGCAAAAGUACCUGUGUUGAGGGGUCCCCGAAAUGCUGUGCCUAGGCCAACAUUGCCUGUUAAAUCUUCAUUGCGAUCUUCAUCAGCAAUGAAGAAGGAGCUAACAACUUCGUCCUCUAUUGAUAGUUCUGGAAGUGUGUCAUCAGACUGUAGCAGUAAAUCUUCAUUGAAUUCUGUGAGAAGAAAAAGUGACUCCAGAACUGGCAAUCAUUCUGCCUCUGGUUCAAAUGUCAAAACCACAUUAAAAUUGCCAUCAAGAAAUAAAAACGAGUCAACAAAUUCACAUCUCUCACCUUGUUUGAAAUCUGUGACCAAGAUCUCUUCUAGCAUAUCACCUGCUAGCUCUACUAGUGAAUGGUCUUCAGCAUCAUUAUCUCCAACUUCUACCCUUAACAAAAUGUCUAACAGUUCAAGGUCUAGCUUUGAAAUUAGCUCUUGCAAAGAUGCUUCUGGAGACAGUGAAGCCUCCCAAGUUUUGGAUUCUCAUAAGUAUUUCAAUGAUGAGCACUCUGUUGGGCAUGGUACCCAAGUGGGAUUGCUGGGUGAACAUGUAAAGAAAGUUCCUACAGGAAGCAGUUCAGUUCUUCAUCCAGAUUUGGUUAAACCCUCAGGCCUUCGGCUGCCAUCACCCAAAAUUGGUUUCUUUGAUGGGGUCAGUUCUGAGUUUCCUUUCAUAAGCGUUGUGAGAUCAGCUGUGCGAACUCCCAAUAGAGGUAAGCAAUCUCAAACAGCUCUGCCCAGUGGCUUGCCUGGAUAUGGGUCAGGAAGUGCUAGUCCAAGUGGAGGGUCAAACGAGGCAAAGCCUGGAAAGCUUCAACCUGCUAGAACAGCAGUUCGGGGUACCAAAAUCAGUGAUCAGGCAUCUGCCUUGGUCAUGAAAUCUAAAACUCCCUUACCUCUGCAGGAAUCCUCCAAUGCAGCACCAAGGGUCUCAAGUGCUUUGAAAAAUGAGAAACACAAUGCUGGCAUAUCUUCGAAAGUUCAGAACAGAAUGUCUUUUCAAGGCGAAAGAAAAGGUAAUUUGAAGGCUGAUAAAGUUGGAUCAGAAGAAUGUGGCAUGUCACUGAAAAAUUCAGACAGUGGUUUUACUGAAAUGAAUGAGAAUGCCUGUUUUUUGAAGGAUAAAAAGGAAACAGAGAGCAAGGGUGAUGCUCCUGGAAAAGAUACAGAGAUUACUCUCCGCAAUGGAUUGCCUGAUAUGACAACCAACUCAAGUUCUAUUCCCAACGUUGAAAAUAUAACCUCAUUAGAGAAAGUAGGUGAAGAUGUGAUAUGUAGCCAAAAUUAUAUCAAGAAUAGUUUGCCUUCUCUUAACAGCACUAAUGAGAAGAAAAAGGGUUUUACUGAAGAUCAAAUUGGUUGUUUGACAAAACAAAUUGGAGCUGUGGAUUUUUAUAUCGAGACUCACAAAGAAGCCAUUGGCGAUUCCUUUUCCCUUUCUCAACAUGAUGUCGGUAGAGCUGCUUCAGGUAUUCAGGAGGAAUUCAAACAUUUGUCAGAGCCUACUUGCUCCCCAAAUUCUGCUAUGGCAUCAACAAUCGUGGAAGCAGAGAAGGCAGAGGCUGGAAUUGAUAAAGCUUCUGUUGAAGGCCAAGUUGAUGGUUUGACCAAACAAAUUGAAGCCGUAGAUUUUCAUAUUGAGAUGCACAAAGAAGCUAUUGGUGAUUCUCUUUCCUGCUCUCAACAUGAUGUCAGCGGAGUUGAUUCUGGUAAUCAGGAGGCAUUCAAAGAAUUGUCAAAGCCUACUUGCUCUCCCGUUCCUGCUAUGGCAUCAUCAAUGGUGGAAGCAGAGUCAGGAAUUCAUAGAGCUUCUGUUGACACAGCUGAUGGUUUGACCAAACAAAUUGGAGCACAAAUUGGAGCCAUAGAUUUUCAUCUUGCGAUGCACAAAGAAACUGUUGGUGAUUCUCCUUCCUGUUUUCGACAUGAAGUCAGCAGAGUUGAUUCUGGUAUUCAGGAGGAAUUCAAAGAAUUGCCAAAGCCCACUUGCUCUCCUGUUCCUGCUAUGGCAUCAAUAAUGGUGGAAGCGGAGGCAAUAAUUCAUAAAGCUUCUGUUGAAGACCCAAUUGAUGGUUUGAUCAAACAAAUUGGAGCUUUAGAUAUUCAUGCUGAUGUGCACGAAGAAGUUGUGGGUGAUUCUCUUUCCCUUUCUCAAGAUGAUGUCAGCAGAGGUGAUUCUUGUAUUCAGGAGGAAUUCAAAGAGCUGUCAAAGCCCUCUUGCUCCAUGGCAUCAACAAUGGUGGAAGCGCAUAUGGCAGAGGCAGUCACCUUAUUACAUCCAGCAACCACUCAUGGAAAACCUUAG